CCACUGCCAGGCCAGAAGCUGCCCUGACCCACCCCACCUCUGGCAUGAACCCCCCAAAUUUGGUCUCCCCUUGAUGUGUCCUUCCCCAAGGGGAAGGGGUGGGGCCCCCCAAUUACACCCCCAGCCCCUCCCACUCUCUGCCCCCCUCCCUUGGCCACGGCCCAGCUCUCGGUGUGUGUCACGCUCCGCUGAGCCGCGCUGGGGCAGGUCCUGGCGUGCGGGGCGGCUCUCGCCUCCCACAAUGCCCUGGGCCGGCCCGGUUGGCGUCUGAGCUCCCACAAGCCCCAGCGUGACCCAGGUGGCCCGGCACCGCGGCUCCCACGAGCCCCCUGCAUGGCUGAGCCGCCCGAAGAUGCCGACCCCGACCGGGGGCAGCCGUGCCACGCGUGUGGGGACCAGUGUCCCGGCUUCCUGGUGCACGGAUGGAGGAAGAUCUGCCAGCACUGCAAGUGCCCUCGGGAGGAGCACGCGGUGCGGGCGGUGCCCGUCGACCUGGAGCGCAUGAUGUGCCGGCUCAUCUCGGAUUUCCAGCGCCACUCCAUCUCCGACGACGACUCGGGCUGCGCCUCCGAGGACUACGCCUGGGUGCCCCCCGGCCUCAAGCCGGAGCAGGUGUAUCAGUUCUUCAGCUGCCUCCCUGAGGACAAGGUGCCCUAUGUGAACAGUCCCGGGGAGCGGUACCGGAUCCGCCAGCUCCUGCACCAGCUGCCCCCCCACGACAGCGAGGCUCAGUACUGCAGCCCUCUGGAGGAGGAAGAGAAGAAGGAGCUGAAGCUUUUCUCCCAGCAGCGGAAACGGGAGAAUCUCGGGCGGGGGACGGUCCGGCUGUUCCCGGUCACCAUUACUGGUGCCAUCUGUGAGCAGUGCGGGAAGCAGAUCCGUGGUGGGGACAUCGCGGUCUUUGCCAGCCGGGCGGGGCACGGGGCCUGCUGGCACCCCCAGUGCUUCCAGUGCACCACCUGCCAGGAGCUGCUCGUGGAUCUCAUCUACUUCUACCAGGAGGGGAAGAUCUACUGCGGCCGGCACCACGCCGAGCGCCUCAAACCCCGCUGCCAGGCCUGUGACGAGAUCAUCUUUGCCGACGAGUGCACGGAGGCCGAGGGUCGUCACUGGCACAUGCGCCAUUUCUGCUGCUUCGAGUGCGAGGAGGCGCUGGGCGGCCAGCGUUACGUCAUGCACCAGAGCCGCCCCUACUGCUGCCGCUGCUACCAGGCCCUCUACGCCGAGUACUGUGACGCCUGCGGGGAGCCCAUCGGCAUCAACCAGGGCCAGAUGACGUACGAGGGCCAGCACUGGCACGCCACCGACGCCUGCUUCUGCUGCACCCGCUGCCGGCUGCCGCUGCUGGGCAAACCCUUCCUGCCCAAGGGGGGGCAGAUCUUCUGCUCCCGGGGCUGCAGCCUGGGGGGGGACGAGGCCAGCGCCUCAGACUCCUGCGACUCGGCCCUCCACGGCCCCCGCCCCCAGGACGGGCGCCGGGCGCCCCCCCGCCACCCCCCCAUCGCCCGCUCCAUCUCCUUCGCUGUCCAGCCUGCCCCGGCCCGGGGCGUGGACCCCGGCGGGCGCCGCAGCUGGAGCGGGACCCCCGGAGCGGAGGAGGGGAGCGAGCCAGCCGGAUGCACCUCGCGGGGCACCUCCACCUGCCCGGGACCCCUGGAGGAGGAGGAAGGAGGUUCCGAGUCUUGCUUCCACCGCGGUGUCCCCCACCGACACUCUAUGCCCGAGCUGGGCCUGGCCCCGGCCAAGGGGUCCGACUGGAUCAGCAGCUCCGCCUCCAAGCUCUCGGUCUCCCCCCGGCUCAGCCAGGGCCCCUCCCUGGAGGGUGGGGGGGCGGCAGCGGGGGAGGGGGGCUUCCCCCGGGGUGCUGCCCCCCGGGUGAGCUUCCGGGAGCCCCUGGUGGCGGGCGAGCCGGGGGGGCCCCGCAGCGCCCAGCUGCAUCGGCGCCGGCCCCGCGCCCGACCCUGCUCCUCCUCCGACAACGCCCUGCACCUGGCGGGGGAGGGGGAGCCCGACGGGGGGCUCCCUCCGGAGGAGCAGGGCCGGGGGGGGCGGCGCUUGGUCUAUUCGGCCUCGGAGGGGGCCUUCCCCCCCAGCCACCGGCGCCGCUACCUCCGGGGCCGCGGUGGCCCCUGGCACGACUCCUCCUCCUCCUCUUCAUCCUCGGACUCGGAGGAGGAAGGCUACUUCCUUGGGGAGCCCAUCCCCCUGCCUCCCCACCUGCGGGGCGGGGCCGGCCCCCCUCCGGCCACUGAGGCGGGACCCCCCCGGCAGGGAGGGGGCAAAGGGCGCCAGCGGCUGCGGGGGGCUCGGGACAGGAGCUGCGUGGUGGCCUGAGUCAACCUUUGAACUUUGACCCUCCUGCUGGCAACG